UACGAGGCUAGAUUCCGAUUUACCGAUCUUGAGUCUAACAUCAACAUGACAUCAUCACUUCGCCCCGAACUCUCGACGCGUCGCAAACAUGGAGGCCGCAAUAAGCGUGCGCACGCAGCAAGGCGUAAUUACCUGGCACGGUGACUAUGUUAUAGUCUUGUGCCCUUCGUCUAGAAUCCCAGCAAAGUCAGUAAAUUUCGCGGAUAGUCCCUUGAGACCGUCGCAAACGGCCACUUCCAGCCAUCUUUGUUUAUUGUCGAUCAUUGUAUGGUGUAUGUCCUCAGAAUAGCCUCACGACGAUUACUGCUAUCAAUUAGCUUCCCCUAAAUUCGGAACCAUUCGCGAUGGCGUCUGGCAACGACACUACGGAGAAUUCUCUAGGAUUCAACCAACAGCGCUCACAUAACGAUUUGGAACGACAAUCCAAUCUCUAUUCAAAUGUGUCAGACGACAACGACAACGCAAACACGCACAACACUUUCAUUUCCAAUGCUUUACAUACCAGCAGUCGGAGCUAUUACGGUGCAGAUGGCACGCAAUUGUCUACAGCUUCAACCAAUUCCACAGUGGUAGCAUCCCCAGAAGUCCGGUCAAUCCAGGAUGUCACAAACGAACAACAAGCCAAAGAAACCAUGUCUGGAAACGCGGUUAUCACACCAUCUACCCCUGGCAAUGACUACCUUCAAAAGACGACAUCGGGAGACCCAGUUGAGGAACAUGUAGUUCUUCAAGACGACUCAUCCGAUUCGGAACAUGAAGCUGGCGAGCCAUCCACCAAGCCUGCCGCUGUCGCGAAACGGCCUGGUCUGCAGUCAAAGAACUCCAGACCCAUGACAGAAGACGAUCUGUUCCGCGCCUUGUCCCGACGAAUGACGAGUCAGAAUAACGGCCUCAGCAAGUCUAACACUAAUGCUUCGGGGCGAAGUCAGGAGGAAGAAGAUGAGAUCAACAAACUCAUGUCGAAGAUGUUCGGGCGUACUAGACAGGAGGCAUCAGAAGAAGAGAAGACCCGGCAUCAAGGUGUUAUAUUUAAACACUUGACAGUCAAGGGCAUGGGGAUUGGAGCAGCUUUGCAGCCAAGUGUUGGAGAUAUUUUCCUGAACCCAGUUCGGCUCAUCAAGAACCUUGUAACCAAGGGGCCGCGUCAGGCAGCCGGAAAGCCCCCCGUUCGAACUCUUCUAGAUGACUUCUCUGGAUGCAUAAGACCUGGUGAGAUGGUUCUAGUCCUCGGAAGACCGGGAGCUGGUUGCUCCACAUUUCUCAAGAUGAUCGGCAAUCAACGGUACGGAUUCGAAGAGAUCACAGGCGAUGUCUCGUACGGUGGCACAGAUGCCGACGAGAUGGGCAAGAAGUAUCGUUCAGAGGUGCUUUACAAUCCUGAGGAAGACCUCCAUUACGCGACACUAAAGGUCAAAGACACAUUGCGAUUUGCUCUGAAGACAAGAACACCCGGCAAAGAGUCACGAAAAGAAGGCGAGUCUCGCAAGGACUAUGUAAACGAGUUUCUUCGUGUGGUUACCAAACUCUUCUGGAUUGAACACACACUGGGUACAAAGGUCGGUAACGAAAUGAUCCGUGGUGUCUCAGGUGGUGAGAAAAAGCGUGUUUCAAUUGCAGAGGCCAUGGUCACAAAGGCUUCAGUACAAUCUUGGGAUAAUUCGACGAAAGGCCUCGACGCGAGUACUGCUCUCGAAUACGUCCAAAGUCUGCGUUCCCUUACGAACAUGGCUCAAAUCUCUACUGCCGUAGCGCUCUACCAAGCAGGCGAGUCUUUGUAUGACCUUUUCGACAAAGUUCUCCUUAUCCACGAGGGACGAUGUUGCUACUUUGGACCUACCGAGAAGGCUGCAGACUACUUCAAGAACCUAGGCUUUGUUCAACCCGAACGUUGGACUACCAGUGAUUUCUUGACAUCCGUCACAGAUGACCACGAGCGACAAAUCAAGGAAGGCUGGGAGGACCGCAUUCCCCGCACUGGUGCGGCUUUUGGCGAAGCAUUCCACAACAGCGAACAAGCCAAUGAUAACCUUGCCGAGAUUGAAGAGUUUGAGAAGGAGACCAAGCGACAGGCCGAAGAACGUCACGAGGCCCGCACCAAGGCUACGAAGAAGAAGAACUUUACCAUCUCGUUUCCAGCUCAAGUCGUUGCCUGCACCGAUCGCCAAUUCCGUGUAAUGGUGGGAGAUCCGCAAUCUCUCAUCGGAAAAUGGGGAGGUAUUUUUUUCCAGGCUCUCAUCGUCGGAUCGCUCUUUUACAAUCUUCCAAACACUGCACAAGGCGUGUUUCCACGUGGUGGUGUCAUCUUCUUCAUGCUUCUUUUCAAUGCCCUUCUCGCCCUCGCUGAGCUUACGUCUGCCUUCGAGUCCCGGCCUAUUCUAUUGAAACACAAGACGUUCUCUUUCUAUCGACCAGCCGCCUACGCGAUUGCGCAAACCCUAAUCGACAUGCCCCUGGUGCUAGUUCAGGUUUUCAUCUUCGAUAUCGUGGUGUACUUCAUGGCGAACCUGCAACGAACAGCAUCUCAAUUCUUCAUUAGCUUACUCUUCCUCUGGAUCAUCACAAUGACCAUGUAUGCUUUCUUCCGAGCUAUUGGUGCCUUGGUAGGAUCCUUGGACGUUGCAACUCGAAUUACCGGUGUUGCCAUACAAGCACUCGUCGUAUAUACUGGUUAUCUGAUUCCUCCGGCGAAGAUGCAUCCGUGGUUUUCAUGGCUGAGAUGGAUUAACCCUAUCCAAUACGGUUUCGAAGGUCUCCUAGCAAACGAGUUUUACAACCUGGAGAUUCAAUGUGUGCCUCCAUUCAUCGCGCCACAGAUUCCAGGCGCGCAGGAGCAGUAUCAGUCUUGCGCAAUUCAAGGUAACACGCCUGGAUCUCUUACGGUCUCUGGCCCAGACUACAUCUCGGCAGCCUUUGGCUACAGUAGGUCGCACCUGUGGCGCAACUUUGGUUUCAUCUGCGCCUUCUUCCUCUUCUUUGUUGCACUCACCGCGUUUGGUAUGGAGAUCCAGAAACCAAAUAAAGGUGGAGGUGCUGUAACAAUCUACAAGCGCGGUCAGGUGCCGAAGACUGUUGAAAAGGAGAUGGAGACUAAAACUUUGCCCAAGGAUGAAGAAGCUGGCAACAGUGAGCCAGUUAGCGAGAAACACUCCUCCAGCGACAACGACGACUCCGACAAGACAGCCGAAGGGGUAGCGAAGAACGAGACUAUCUUUACAUUCCAGGACAUCACCUACACCAUUCCAUACGAGAAGGGCGAACGGACGUUGUUGAAGGGUGUACAAGGUUUUGUCAGGCCUGGCAAGCUCACUGCCUUGAUGGGUGCUUCAGGUGCCGGCAAGACGACACUGUUGAACACCCUUGCUCAGCGCAUCGACUUUGGCGUCGUUCGUGGAGACUUCUUGGUCGAUGGGAAGCCAUUGCCCCAUAGUUUCCAACGCAGCACAGGUUUUGCAGAGCAAAUGGAUGUACACGAAUCAACGGCGACAGUACGCGAAGCACUUCAAUUCUCAGCACGGUUGAGACAGCCCAAAGAGGUACCUAUCCAGGAAAAGUACGAUUACGUUGAGAAGAUCAUCGACUUGCUGGAGAUGCGCGAUAUCGCUGGAGCAGCUAUUGGUACCGCUGGAAAUGGACUUAAUCAAGAGCAGAGGAAGCGUCUGACCAUCGGUGUGGAGCUUGCAAGCAAACCUGAACUGCUAAUGUUCCUCGAUGAGCCUACAUCUGGCUUGGACUCUGGUGCUGCUUUUAACAUUGUCCGGUUCCUGCGCAAGCUUGCGGAUGCUGGACAAGCGAUCCUUUGCACGAUUCAUCAGCCCAGUGCUGUUCUAUUUGAGCACUUUGAUCAGCUCCUGCUUCUCAAAUCUGGAGGUAGAACGGUUUAUUUUGGUGAUCUAGGCCACGACUCGCAGAACCUCAUCGAGUAUCUUCAGAACAAUGGCGCCGAGAAGAUUGGCCCCAAGACUAACCCUGCCGAAUAUAUGCUGGAGGCUAUAGGUGCUGGCAAUCCCGACUAUAAGGGCCAGGACUGGGGUGAUGUCUGGGAGAAGAGCGCGGAAAACGAAAAGCUGGGCAAGGAGAUACAGGAGAUCAUCGCCAGCAGACGUGACGCAUCGAAGAACGAUGAAGCUCGUGAUGACCGAGAAUAUGCGAUGCCAUACAUUCAACAAUGGCUUACAGUUGUCAAGCGAAGUUUCGUGGCGAUUUGGCGAGACCCUCCAUACGUAUCAGGUAUGGUCAUGUUGCACAUCAUCACUGGAUUGUUCAACGGCUUCACUUUCUGGAAUCUCGGACAAAGUCAGAUCGAUAUGCAAUCACGACUCUUCUCCAUCUUCAUGACCCUCACUAUUGCGCCUCCUCUGAUCCAACAACUACAACCCCGCUUCAUCAGCGUGCGUGGCAUCUAUGAGUCCCGCGAAGGCAGCGCUAAGAUCUACUCCUGGACGGCGAUGGUCUGGGGUACCAUACUUAGCGAGUUACCAUACCGUAUCGUCGCUGGAACCAUUUACUGGUGCUGCUGGUACUUCCCACCUGGCUUUCCUCGCGAUACAUACACCGCGGCGAGUGUUUGGCUCUUCGUCAUGCUCUUUGAGGUCUUCUAUCUAGGCUUUGGACAGGCCAUCGCCUCUUUUGCUCCCAACGAGCUACUCGCGUCACUACUUGUGCCGCUGUUCUUUACUUUCAUCGUCUCCUUCUGUGGUGUGGUUGUGCCCUACGCCGGACUACCCACAUUCUGGCAAUCCUGGAUGUACCAUUUGACGCCUUUCCGGUACCUACUGGAAGGGUUCCUCGCGCUACUUGUUCAAGGACAAGAAAUCAGAUGCGAGACUAACGAGUUGGCGAUCUUUCCACCCCCACCUGGCCAAGACUGUCAGACGUAUGCCGGUCAAUUCGCGCAGCAAGCGGGGGGUUAUGUCGAAGCCCAGCCAGACGGUACUUGUGGAUUCUGUCAGUACGCAACGGGCGACGCCUUCGCAGCUUCGUUCAACGUCUUCCCAAAGUCCAUCUGGCGCGAUUUUGGCAUUAUGUGGGCCUACAUCUUCUUCAAUUUUGCAGUAGUCUUCUUCUGCACCUGGCUUUACUUGGGCGGCCUGCGCCAGAUCAAGUCAUUCUUCAGCCCAGCGGCGCGCAAACAAAAGAAGGAGACGGCGAAGAAGAAGAAGAAGACACAGAGCGGCGACGCAGCUUGAGGCAGAAAAAAAAGAGAAUUCGGCACAGUGUGCAGCGACAUGGCUUGCAUGUCGCUGUGAAGAUGCGGGUUCCGGAAAACUCCUAGCUUGCCCGCGGCCGGAACGCGCAAGGCUGGGUUAGCACGCAGCUUUGGAACGGCCCAUCCCAGCGCAGGGUGGGGCUCAUUUCCGCCUCGUGCAUUCCCCGCGAAAUGCCUCUUGGGGAUCUAGAGCAUGUGCUAGAGGUUUGGUGUACGUACAGGCUGGACUCUAGCGUUCACCAUAGUGCCAUUCGUAUAGAGAUUUUCAAGCGGUGUAGCAAUUAAUAGUAAUUUUUGACAGCACAGCUGUCAUGUGUACAG